AUGCAACGCGAACCUCCCAGAGGCCUAUUGAAAAAGCAGAUCAACACAGACAGAAACAACGGCAGACGACAGAAAGACCCUGAUGGAACAAAGGGCACGGCUGCAUUGGCCAUCCGCUCGGAAGAUCCUUCGCCGGAGGUAAAAUUUCGCGGGUGGUCAGAGGGGUCACGCCAGCGCAGGGCCAACUCUGAGCCGUUUUCCCGCGCUUCUCUCUCGGAGGGCUCUGGUGACAAGGGAGGGUUGGUAAGGGAAGCAGUAAAGUCAUCCCAGCUGCCCCGAUUCCCUUCGAUUUUUCCUUGGUAGAGGCUCAGGGAGAUCAUGCGUUCUGAUUUGCUUCACAAAGUUUUUUGGGGUUUUCCCCCCCAAUUUAAAACAAAUAUAUCAACAAACAUAAAAAGAAAACAUCAAAAAACAAGCAAGCAAACAAACAUAUGUUGUUGUUGUUGUUUAGUCGUGUCCGACUCUUCGUGACCCCAUGGACCAGAGCACGCCAGGCACUCCUGUCUUCCACUGCCUCCCGCAGUUUGGUCAAACUCAUGCUGGUAGCUUCAAGAAGACUGUCCAACCAUCUCAUCCUCUGUCGUCCCCUUCUCCUUGUGCCCUCCAUCUUUCCCAGGAUCAGGGUCUUUUCCAGGGAGUCUUCUCUUCUCAUGAGGUGGCCAAAGUAUUGGAGCCUCAGCUUCACGAUCUGUCCUUCCAGUGAGCAAAACAAACAUAUAUCCUAACUCUAAAAAUUCCACUUUUGUUAACAUUAAGUGACUUCUUCGAAUCCCCCUAGCUGAGUUUCCAUAGAAAUCAUUGUAGCAGUUUUCCAAAACUAGUUUCACGUAAAAUUUACUUAGUCCAAUUAACACCUUUCUUUCUUUUCGUUUUAACUUUUAAUCCAUGGUAUUCUACAAUAUCACAUAUUUAAAUCCUAGGCCAAUUUGGUACUUGCAAGUAAUUCUAUUUAAGUUAUCUUAACAUAUUUAACUGAAUAAUCUUUGAAUUUCUUCCAUUCCUCUUGAUACUCUUCCUCCUUCUGGUCGCAGACUCUUCCGCUCAGGUUGGCUAGCUCUGAAAAAUCCAUCAUCUGUUUCACAAAGUUUUAGGUGUCAGCUGUUGGUUCACUAUUCAUUCUGAUUUGUUUCCUGGCAGAGGUGCCAACUUAAAUAAAAUAUUGGGGGGUAAGCCCUGCCCCACCUAACUGAUCAUAAGACAUGGGGCACACACACAAUUUUAAUGGCAAUGCCUAUCAACUAUUGGGGGCAGGCCCCCUCAAAUAUUUCAGGGGGAAGCAAAGGGCCCUUGGACCCCAGGAGUUGGCUCCUAUGUUUCCUGGGAGGUUAUAUGAUGUUGCUUCGAGCAAAUGUUGUCCCACAUUUUCCUUUGCCUUUCUCUGUCACUUUUCUUAUUGCAAAAAGUCUGGAGCAGGUUGGGGGGGGGAGCAGGUUUGUUGCACAAAAGCACCAAAUUAUCUUGAAUUGCGCAAGCUGAAUUUGCCGGUAUGUAAUUGAAUUUCGUCAAAAGAUAGCAAGAGCCUGGAAACGCCCACAGACAACAAAACAAAAAUAUACUGUAUAUGGUAUAAUCCUGUCAGGUGUUUUUCUCCCAAGAGUAGAGGGAAGUGCAAGGUAGCUAAAAAGCUAGCUCCCUAUAUUCCUACUCUCUACAUUCAUGAAGAUUUAGCAAAUCCCUCCCUAUUGCGAUAUUUAAGAUCAGCUCAAACAACUUGGCUAUAUUCUCUGAGCACCCAAGUUCUUCAGGCCAUUAUCAUUAUGGGGGAAAUGCAGGGGUGGGUGACAGCCCCAUGGAGAUAGGCCCCAGAGUCUUGCCAAAGUGUUGCUAUACAGUGGUACCUUGGGUUAAGUACUUAAUUCGUUCCGGAGGUCUGUACUUAACCUGAAACUGUUCUUAACCUGAAGCACCACUUUAGCUAAUGGGGCCUCCUGCUGCUGCCGCGCCACCGGAGCAUGAUUUCUGUUCUUAUCCUGAAGCAAAGUUCUUAACCUGAAGCACUAUUUCUGGGUUAGUGGAGUCUGUAACCUGAAGCGUAUGUAACCCGAGGUACCACUGUAACUUCUUGUUUGUGCUAGCUUUGAAUGGACAGAGUUCAUUCGUUUCCAAGGCUAGAGAGCAAUCCCAAGUUAUUAAGGAUCACCGGCCCCAUUUUGUGAUACACAUUAAACUGUUUCCACUGUUAACCAAUUACGAAUUGCACAGAAAGGUUCUGAACUUUAAAACUUUAAAAGAACACAAAUGUUCUACCUAACUGAAAUUUCGAGGAGAGUGAGUUACAAAUGUGUUGCAUCAGUGUUUUCCUUUUAAUUGCCAUUCAGAUGUAUCACUCUUUGGUCAAUCUCUCUGCUGACUUUGAGGGGACUGCUGGAAGCUGGGCUGAAUCUGAGCUGGGACUCAGUCCAGCAUGACAGAGUUCAGUGUUUGAUCAGAGUUCCAGAAUUUUUUAUUAAAGUUCUCACAAUACAAUAAAAUACCUAUAUCUAUAUAUCUGCAACAAAUGUUUGAUCAGAGUUCAGGAUACCUGAAGGCUCCUGAGCAUGUACAGAGUUAAUUUUCCUCUUCAUGCAUCAGAAACAAAACCUAAGCCAAGAAUGUAGCUCCCAGACGUCUGAACCUGAAUAUCUCUCCUUUAGAAAUGAACCAAUAGCUUUAGAUUAAUUUCAUGUUAAAGCUUUGUAUACCCCACUUUUCAAACACUUGUAGUAAAGCAAAUCUACAAUAAAACAAAUUUAUUGGAACAAAAAAAAAGGAAAGUCAAAGAUGAAAUGAAGCAGUAGCAAUAUACCCCAGCAUUAAAAAUGAGAGGCUCCUCGCAUUUAUUCAGCAUUCAGCAUUUGUUUGAACAAAGUAUGUGCAGUGGUCUUUAUUGCACAUACAUCCUGAUUUGUUUGCAGAGGGAUUGUGCAACAAUGAACAUUCAUCCCAAUUUGCUUGUGUGUUGUUCAGCAGGGCUGAGGAACCACAACUUACUUGUCCCUCUCCCCUUGCUGUUUGCCUUGCCUUGCUCAGCAAGGCUUGUUGGUGUGAAAACACACACAUCUCAAGGUAACCAAAGAACAGCAGCAGAUACAAUUCCUUAGAGAUAGGCCUGGAUUUACAGGUAAUGACAGGUGUGAACAGGCACACUCUCUGAUGCUUUAAAGCCUCUCAUCUUAACUCUUUGAUGCCUGCCAUGAUGGAUUCAGCUGCAUAACUUUAGCCAAGAUUCCAGACUCUGUAGUUUGACUUAAGAUGCAGUGGCUGAUCCUUGCAGUCUCUAGGAUUCUGUUACCAGUUAAGCCAGGGGUAGGCAACAUAAGGCCCAGGGGCUGGAUGCAGCCCAAUCGCCUUCUCAAUCCAGCCCGCAGACGGUCCGGGAAUCAGCGUGUUUUUACAUAAGUAGAAUGUGUCCUUUUAUUUAAAAUGCAUCUCUGGGUUAUUUGUGGGGCAUAGGAAUUCGUUCAUUCCCUCCCCCCCAAAAAAGAUAGUCUGGCUCACCACAUGGUCUGAGGGACGGUGGACCGGUCCAUGGCUGAAAAAGGUUGCUGACCCCUGAGCUAAGCUAUAGCCACAGGGCUGCCAGCAUGUGCUUUUGUUUUAGCUUCUCAGAUGUCCACUGGAGUUUUCCCUUUAGCAGGAGGUGGUUGUACAGCAAUUGUAUUUUUUCUAUCGAUUUCUGCACAUAAAAGCUACCGUUAAAAGCUCAAGAGAAGGCAAGGCUGAUUUAUUCCUGAUCAGUUGCAAACCCCUGGACGCACAUGGGGAUGUAGCAGGUUCUGCAAAAUUGAGCCCAUUUUUGCAUGCAUUUGCUCGGAGAAAAUCCAUGCCUUCUCUCUCCGUCUUUUGCUUAUUUGCGAAUGAUUUGUACCAUGAAUUCUGAGAGCAACGUUUAAGCUACCUGGCCUCAGAGCUCAAAUUUCAUUUGUCUUUUCCCCCGCUUUCUAACGGCACAGUGUUCUGAGCUGGCCUCUGCACCAGGAAUUGCUAAGAGCCCUUCCGUUCCAGGAGAGUUCCAGGCCAGGCCACUGCGGCAAAGCCAGCUAUAAAUGUGUCCAUCUUUGCCAGCUUGGUGAAGUCCUUUAGUGAGGCCUCCUGCUUUAAGGGGAGAGAGAGGAGGAAGAGGAGGAGAGCGGAUUAUUAUUUCAGCUGGCUGUCAGUGACAGCAGAAAGACACACAGCAGAGCCACAAACAGGCUGGCAUUGUGAUGAUGUGCAGCCACUGGAGAUGGCAGGGAAUGAAGCGAGAAAGACCUGCUAAUUUGCCCCCAAGGUGCAUGUGUGAAUUUUACAAGAAGGACUCCCUCUUCUAUUCACCUUCUUUCCAGUUUCUCUUCUCUCCUCUGUUUUCCCCUUCCUUCCGAAGGCCUUUCUCUCUUUCUUCUCCCCUCCUUAUUUACACAGCUAGUGCUGCCCCUUGUGUACUAUGGCUGCAUGCAACUUUUACAUACAUGUAGGCAGCAGGCGGAAGUCAACAGGUGAAGCUCAUCAAAUUGGGGGUCUCCCAGAAUGACAAUAUGUAGAUUGGUCUGAUGCAUGUUUCCUGAAAAGUUCAUUUUAGUGGGACUUGCUGUCAAGAAAGCGCACGUAAGGUUACUGGGACUAAAUGUGUUGACUGUUUUUCUUUAAAGUUAUAUUUUUCCUUACUUCGUAGUGGAAAAGUAUAAUGAACCAUGUUUGGGGCUUGUGUUCAGAGGGCUGCGGAGAAGAGACAGUUGCAUGGAUUAUUGUAAGGUUAAAGAAAGUGGAAGAGAGGGGUUGAAGGAAGCAUGGAAUGGGAGGUGGGAAUUUUCUAAAAUGAAAUUUGAAAAUAAUCUAGACUGGGUGAUGUUGUUCCGUGCACAGCCAUUAGCACCUUGGGCAGUGCAACCAAAUUAGCCAUCCUCACAAGGUGCACUUCUAAGCCCACCCAGUCUAAAAUCCAAUCAUACUAGCCAAGGUGUGACUAUGCCAAGGAAAGAUAACUAAAGAUAAUCCUAUUAGGGCAGGGACCCACCCCACCUUGUCAUGAACCAAAAGGAUUGGCCAGGAGCAACACGUCACUAAUCCAAUCAAUUUUGGAAUUCGCUUUGAAGCUUUUGUCCCCCAGAGUAUAAAAACCAGGCUCCUGAAUCCACUCUUGGCUCCUUUUCUGCUGGCCUCCACUACCUGCCUGAAGUCCUUCUUGCUGAAUUGUUUUGCCCUGGACGAAACCCCGGUCUCUAGUGCUGCGUUCUCGCCCCUGCUUUUCCUCCACUGCCUCCAGUCUCCUGCUUCCCUGGGUCUCUACUUGGUGAAGCAGAAGUCCUUGCUGUUUCCAGCCUUACUUAGGACUUUCAACAAGCUCCAGGACUCCUUCUUUGCAAUUGUCCACAGGGACUGAAAAGGUACCUUUGGCUUCCUCCCCUGUUUUCUGUUUUCACAACAAAUGGUAGCCUCCAAACUUGCUCCUCCUUUCCUGUCUCUCAGAAUGUGUGACUGUGUGUUUAGAUCUGUUUUUUGUUUCCUACCAGUAGUGAGCAUUUGUGUUUUGGAAGCCACCCUCUUGCAUCACCUCUUGGCCUCUGUGGCCUUGCUCCUUCUUGGGCAUGUGUAGUCAGGGAAGGGCUUGUGGGGUAGGUCAUCUGCCUUCUAUGCAGAACAUCCCACAUUCAGUCCCUGGCAACAUCACCAGGUAGAGCUGGAGGAGAGACUUACCUGCCUAAAAUCUUAGAGAGUCCCUAUCAGUCCAACUUUGCCCCCAUCCUCCCAUCCUCCCGACCACUUGAAAAUAGCGGAUAGUCCUGGCAAACCACUUAAUGAUCUUUUCUUCCUGUUGUAGCAAUUGUAAUGUGCUGUGCUGGAUGCUGUGCAAUUUCUAAUUAUAAUUCUAUUUGUAAUACAAUGAAUUACGGCUGGGUGAUAUAUCGCUACAGCACCCAAAACCAGUUUGCAGUCCAUAUCAUAUCGGUUUCAUAAUAUUUGACCUGGCAAUAUAUUGCAAAUCAUGAUGUGUCUUAGGGCUGGGCAAUAUAUUGCCCAAAACCUGUUUGAAGUCCAUAUCAUGAUAUCGGUUUCAUAAUAUUUGUCCUGGCAAUAAAUCACAAAUUGUGUGUGCGCUAUGCAAAAAAAUCACAAUGUGGGGAAAACCGUGAAGCCAGCCAAUGUUUCUCUCGAUUCCUGUGGUCCCAAUAACUUUGCUGGCUCAGCUCUCCCCUGCCUCAUGCAGGGGGCAGAGAACCAAAAGAGCAGGCGCCGGCAAAAAUCACAAUGCAGGAAAAACCGGGGCCAGCCAAUGCCUCUAUAUAGCUCCAUCCUUAUUUCAGACAUUUUGCUAUAUCAGUAUAUUGCGAUGUUUAGCAGGUGAUUAUAUCAUGAUGUUGAAAACCAGAUAUUGCCCAGCCCUGCAAUGAACUGCAAUAUAAAAGAAGCAAUAAAAUUACAAUUAGAAACGAACACAAGUACUUAAUGCAGGCAUGCUGUGGACCACAGUUUGGGGACCUGUGGCAUAUAAUAGCUUGGUUGUUUGAUAUGGUACAAGGCAACUUCCUAUGUCCCUGUGGUUUAGAAUUAGCUAAUUCUCCCAAACCAUUUUCUUGAGUCGUUCGCCAUAAUAGAAAUGUACUGUUUGCUGAGCUAUUCCCCACUGAAGGGUUAAAUGUGUAUAUUUGAUUCUUUCUGUGUGCGCUGUGAACAUUCUCCCCAUUCUAAGAUCUGUGUGAGUGCAAGUUUCUAGAUAAAACCUGCUAUCGCCACUGUCUGGAGUUCCUAAUUUGUGAGACUCCUAGAAUGUGUGCAUGUGAAACCCAGGUCUACCAAGGAGGAUGGGGAGGAAACUGUAAUCCUUAGAUGAAGGGUGGUAUAUAAAUUUAAUUAAUAAAAUAAAUAAUAAAAUCAGAACCAUCUGUGAGACCUCUGGUUCCACCUGCCAUUAGCUCCCCUGCCACUCACCCCACUGUUCCCAAUCUACAGUGGGCUCUGAAUCGGCUAAUUCAGGUUGCUCAAUUAACGUUGAUUUUGCACUAUUGUGCAGCGAGCGUGCUCCCCUCCCCAUCCCCCAAAGGUCAGAUUGUUUGCUGUAAGGAAAGUGACAGGUAAUUUGCUCUGGGAGAUAAUGCUUUUUUGAUGCAACACUGUCUAAUCUCCCCAUAAUCAAAUCGAGAUGAAUGCUCAUUAAAGAAUAGCUCUCACUGCAAUCAAAUCAUGCUAAAUGGUCAUUAAACAGCUUGUCUGGAAGUGACCCUACAGUAUUGAUGUGAGCUGUUUUGAGGAAGGGAAUUAUCUGAAAGAAGUGAGAGAGAAAUAUAUAGUAUAAAAUAGAUAUAGUGACAGAGGCAGGCUUGCUCAGGAGGCCUCUGGCCUCCAAGCUAUGUCUGCCUCAGUGAUGAGAUUUUUGCAAAUCUUGAUUAUCAGAUUCUGGGGGAAAGGGUGGUGGUGGAAAUUCCAGCUCUGCUUUCUGACCUUUUUACGUGUGUCUUCCAGUUGAAAGGCAGGUUCCUUCUGCCACCAUGCCGUUCAGGAGAUGGCCGUGCCAGGCAGGGAGCAGCUGGAGCAGGCUGA